GGCAGGGUCCGCCGCCAUGUCUGAUGUCUGGCACUUGGCCAUCGCUCAUGACUUGCUACGUAGAGUCUGGUUAGGAUCGACAACCGAAGGACCAACGAUCGAAACCUAGCAUCAAGACAUCCGGAUAUCGUGAGCCAUACCGCUUGUUGGAUGUUGGAUGAGGAAGUCAAAGCACCCCCGGCCUGUCCAACUAGACAACAAGCCAACGGCCAACACUCAGAGGCCAUGGUCAACCAGAUGCCUCAUCGUCAAGAGCUACUUUUCUUCGGCGCGGAUUCCAGUCCUCCUCAUGUUCCCUCUCGGCCUCGCUGGCCCCCUCAUGUCUGAGCCCGUACCAAAAUGGCUCUGCAUCCUGCGCGUGCGACCCCAAAACCCAACCUCAACACCCACGCCGUCACGAACGAGGUAUCCCGGCUGCCCACCCCUUACAUCCAUCCCCCUCCAAUCGUCCCCCUCCCCCGCCAUGUCACCCCAGUUGUCAAACCCUUGGUUGCCCUGGCUGACCGGCCGGACGAAACAAUGGAGAGAUACCUACCAAGCAGAGUGGCAUCCUCUUGUCCUUUUCCGAGCCGUGAGGAGGUGCCCGUCUCGGGGUCCUGAAUCGGAAUCGGAAACGCCACGGUGACAAUAUCGAAUGACUCUGUCUCGCUGCAUGUCACUGAGCGGGACUAACAAGAAUUUCAUUACAAAGGAUGCAUAGUCCCAGUCCCGGCACAGAGUACUCCUACGUCAAUGCUACC